UGUUAUUUCCAAUAGGUCCUUUGCUCAAGUAAAGCAAAUAUAGUAAGUGAAGAAGUCAUGCUAGAAGCAAUGAAGAAAAAAAUACGUAGCAACAACAAAAUGUAUGAUAACUGAAGUAAAGGAAACAAAUAGGUAGCACUAAAAUCGAAGAAUAAGACAGAGGGAAGAUGAAUUACUCAAACCUAAGUUUAAAAUAGAUCAAACUGACUGAAGGUAUACCCUAUUUGGACCAUGUACAUAUCAUUGAGUCUCUGUUCAAAGCAAUUUGACACCCGGUAUCACCAAAUCCUCAAUCAGCCUCUGCCUCCUCUCAUCUUCUUCUACUCCUUCCCACAUAAACUAAUAGAACCUUAACCUCUAAUCACCAUAACUAGCAAUUCUCUUUACUCAUCACGUGACCUCCUCGACCCAUUCAGCCUCCACAUUGGUCAUACCUUGGUCUUCAAAACCAGCUACCGCACAACCGCCACCUAUUGUCUAUCGAACCAGAAGCGUUGUUCUUUUAACCAUUUUUUGGGGUUGUAAUCACACCUAGAAUCGAACAAAUAGAAAGUCAGUUUCUUAAUUCUAUCCUUAUUGCUCAUUUUUUUUUAUUUUGUGUCAUUGCGGUCCUUAAAUUGACGAUUUAGGUUGAAAUUAGACGUUAUGUAUCUGCUUUUUGAGUUUUCUUUUGAAUUGAUGAUGUUUACCAUUUUGUAAAUGGUAUAAUGUUUGUCGUCAAAUAGAUAUAUUACACGUGUGAACUUGAGUGUUUUGGUGAACAGGAAAAGUCUUGUCACUUUAGUUUAGAUAGUUUCUUGUUUGAUGCAUGAAUUUUAUUUUUCCUUUUAGUUUAAACUUCAAUGUUAUUUACUUAUGGUUAUUCAUGGUUUGUUUGUGUUACUUUCGUUUUGUGCUGAGGGUCUUUCGAAAGCAACCUCUCUACUCUACAAAGGUAGAGGUAAGGUCUGCGUACAUCCUACUCUCCCCAAACCUCACUUGGUGGAUUACACAGGGUAAAAGAAGAUCAUGGUGGGAUUUAAGAAUAGAUACUUGGUUAUGGAGGUUUAUUUGGAUCCAAAUAAAGCAACUGCAUCAGAUGAGCCCAUCGUAAUGACUCAAUUCAACUUGACCAAAGCCAUCAGGGAUGUCAUUCUUACAAACUUUGGUGAGUGUGGCCUCGCCUCAUCAGCAAAUUCAUUUCAAGUGAAGUAUGUGAAUCCAAUUACAAAACUUUGUAUCAUACGAGCAUCGAGGGAGGAGUAUCAAAAAGUUUGGGCUUCAAUAACCAUGGUCAGGAGCGUAGGAAGUUGCCCCGUGGUGUUCAACCUGCUAGACCUAAGUGGUAGUAUCAGGGCAUGUAGAGCUGCAGCUUUGAAAUGUGAUGAAUUCAAAUUUCAACAGUACAAGUCGAUGGCCGGAGCUCGCCUUACACCAGAGGUUCAGCAGCAAAUGCAGAACUAUCUCGACAAGAUCAAAGGUUUGGAACACUAACAUGACAAGUCUCCUGAUAACAUGUUGUUCGCACAAGUUGAUCCCUACACCACGGUUAUCAAGAAAGUCUCAUGACAACGUGCUCUCUUUUUGAUCGUUAGCUGGUUCCGAUUUUGCAUUUUUUCUAAUUGUACAUCAGUACCUUCAGAAACUUGAUGGUUCAUUAAAAUGACGUUGGGACCCUCUACCUCCAACUCUAAGAUUGUGAGUGCUCCUCGAGAGUUUGUUAAAAUAUAUAUUAUAAUUUAUAUGUUAA